AUGCAAGGUUUAGCUUUUCGGGGAAAUGAUGAGUCGGAAAGAUCCUUAAAUCAAGGGAAUUUUAUUGAGCUUUUGAAAGUUGUUGCUUCUUGCAAUGAAGAUAUAUCUAAUGUUGUAUUGAAAAAUGCUCCUGACAACCUCAAGCUUACAUCUCCUGACAUCCAAAGUGAUAUCAUAAAUGCAGCUGCAGUUGAGACAACAAAAGCUAUCAUUAUGGAUAUUGGAAAUGGCUUUUUCUCUAUUUUAGUUGAUGAGUGUCGGGAUGUAUCUGUCAAGGAGCAAAUGGGUGUUGUUAUACGCUAUGUGGAUAAGAAUGGAUGUGUUAUUGAACGUUUUCUUGGUCUUGUGCAUGUUAGUGAUACAGCUUCAACCUCACUUGAGAUGGGUAUUGAUUCUUUGUUCUCUACUCAUGGUUUAAGUGUUUCCAGUUUGAGAGGUCAGGGAUAUGAUGGUGCAAGCAACAUGAGAGGUGAGUUCAAUGGGUUGAAAAGUUUGAUACUUAAGAGAACUCCUAGUGCUUAUUAUGUUCAUUGUUUUGCUCAUCAACUUCAACUCACAAUUGUUGCUGUUGCUAAAAAACAUACAAGUAUUGGGUCAUUUUUUAAUACUGUCACACGAUUAUGCAAUGUUGUUGGUGGUUCUUGUAAGCGCAGAGAUAUGCUUCGAGAGAAUCAAAGAGAAAAAAUCAUUGAAGGUAUUGCAAAUGGUGAAAUUAAUACGGGAAGAGGAUUAAAUCAAGAGAUGGAAUUGAAGCGGCCCGGGGAUACUCGUUGGAGUUCUCAUUAUGGUACUCUUAUCAACCUAAUGCAUUUAUUUUCUUCUAUUAUUGAUGUUCUUGAGUAUGUUGGGAAGAAUGGAAAUGAUGAUGCACAGAGGGCUGAAGCCAUUGAUUUGUUAGACGUUAUGAAUCGCUUUGAGUUUGUGUUUGUGUUACAUAUUAUGAGGAAAAUCUUGGGAAUCACACAUGAACUAUCUCAAGUGCUACAAAGAAAGGAUCAAGAUAUUGUUAAUGCUAUGAAUCUUGUUAAAGUGGCAAAAACACGUUUGCAAGCGAUGAGAGAUGAUGGUUGGGAGAUUUUGUUGACUGAAGUUUCCAAGUUUUGUAGCACACAUGAGAUAAUUAUGCUUGAUAUGGAGGAUGAAUAUGUAGCUCGAGGAAGAGGAAGACGUAGAGUUGAGAAAAUGACCAAUCUCCAUCAUUAUCGAGUUGAGUUAUUUUAUUCUGUGAUUGAUAUGCAAGUUCUAGAGUUAAAUCAUCGUUUUGAUGAAAUCAACACAGAGUUACUUUUAUGCAUGGCAUGCUUGGAUCCUAGAGAUUCAUUUUCUGCAUUUGAUGUCAAGAAGCUGGUUCGCCUUGCAAAGCUUUACCCAUCUGAAUUUUCUGAAGUAACUUUGUAUGAACUUGAAAGUCAGCUUGAGAACUUUAUUUUUGAUGUGCGCUUAGAUGAAAAGUUCUCAAAAUUAUUAGGGAUCGGAGGUCUGGCUCAAAAGAUGGUUUCUACAAGAAAACAUGAAGUUUUUCCGUUAGUUUAUCAGUUAAUCAAGUUGUCAUUGGUUCUACCAGUUGCUACAGCUACAGUGGAAAGAGCUUUUUCAGCUAUGAAGUUCAUAAAGAGUGCUCUACGCAAUCGUAUGGGAGAUAAGCUGUUAAAUGAUUGUCUGGUAUCUUACAUCGAAAAAGAUGUAUUUGUAAAUGUUACUAAUGAAGCGAUUAUGCAGCGGUUUCAAAACAUGAAAAAUAGAAGGGAAAUGUUAUAAUGGUAGGAAAUUUAUUUUUAUUUUUGUAAUACUGUAGUGCAACUAAAGCAAUAUUGUGAUUUUAUUGAGAUUGUUAUUUAUUCGGAGUCUUCUAUA